AUGGCUAGUGGGGGUGGAUAUGGAGAUGCGAGCCAAAAGAUAGACUAUGUAUUCAAGGUGGUGUUGAUAGGGGACUCAGCAGUUGGGAAGUCCCAAAUACUUGCUCGAUUUGCUAGAAACGAGUUUAGUCUUGACUCUAAAGCUACUAUUGGUGUGGAGUUUCAAACUCGGACUUUACUUAUUGAUCAUAAGAGUGUUAAGGCCCAGAUCUGGGAUACUGCCGGUCAAGAACGGUACAGAGCAGUCACAAGUGCAUACUACAGGGGUGCUGUUGGGGCAAUGCUGGUGUAUGAUAUAACCAAGCGUCAGACAUUUGAUCACAUACCACGGUGGUUGGAAGAGCUGCGUAGCCAUGCUGACAAGAACAUAGUUAUCAUUCUUAUCGGAAACAAAACUGAUUUGGAGGACCAGCGGGCCGUACCCACUGAGGAUGCCAAAGAAUUUGCCCAGAAGGAAGGACUAUUCUUCUUAGAGACCUCUGCAUUGCAAGCAACUAAUGUCGAGAAUGCAUUUAUGACUGUGUUAACAGAGAUCUUCAACAUUGUAAACAAGAAGAACCUGGUUGCAGGUGAAGAUCAAAGCAAUGGUAACCCUGCAUCUCUAUCUGGCAAGAAGAUUAUCGUUCCAGGCCCUGCACAAGAAAUUCCAGCGAAGAGCAAGUGUUGUACCUAA